AUGACUACGGCCACCGCGCCUGCAACGUCUAGUGAACACCGAGGUCCUUUUCAAACCACAAAAAAUAGGAUCGCGACGAUCGCGACGCUAUCAAGUAAAAACCAAGAGAUUCUUGACCAAAUGAACAAAUUACAACAUUCACAAUCUCAAACUUUAAACUUAUUAAAUAGUCAAUUGGAAACAAUUCCACACAUAAAUGGUUCAGGACAACAUAUCGAUAAUCUGGUUAACAAUUUAAAAUCCAGACAGAGGCGUAGUAACAAUUUACAACAGCAACAAUCAGUACUAAGAGUGAGGUCAGACUCAUUGAAUAACGGUGAUGCAAUGGAAAUGGAAGAUAAUAAUGAAAUAAGAACAAUUACUGCUGAUGAUUCCUUAUCAUCAAGGAAAUCGGCAAAACUUGCAAUUGCGAAUCGUAGUGUCAAAGAGUUAAAAAAGUUGGAUUCUCCAAGUAAUAAUGGGGGAGAAUUGGAUUGGAAAUAUUUUUCAACUGAAAAUAAUUCAGAUUCCGAUGGGAAUUCAAGUGGUAUGGAUGAUAAAGAUUUUGAAAACGACAACAAUUUCUCUUCUUUACGAAGACGAAGUUUUAAAAGUCAUCCUACGUUAACUGUUAAUACUAAACCUACAAAAACACCACAACGAUUAAUCACACCAGAAUCUUCUGAUUCAGAAUUUGAUUUUGUAAAUUCACAUAUGCCUCUUGCUUCUACAUUAGGUGGAAGUAGAAAUCCUCUUCGCGCUGCACGUCAUAGUUCUGCUGAACUUUAUAACGGUAACAUAACAGAUCGACGUAGUCGACCUGCUAAUUCAUUAUUUUCUUCAGUUGAGGAAGAAAGGGGCUCUUUAUCGGAUGUUGCUGAACAAAACGAAGUUAAUGACAAUACUUCAGAGAAUAUUAAUCGUGGGCAGGUUAAACAAAUACCCGUUAAUGGUAGAAAACGCGCACAGAAAUAUCUGGAUGAUUAUAACGUAGUAAACGAUGCACCCAAAACAGUUAAACUGAAUCGACGAACACAACCGGAUGAUUCAUAUGCUGAUAUACCGGAUGAUAAUAGCAGUGUAAUGUCUUCGGAUUCUAUGAUUAUGCUAGAGGAACUUCGGGCUCGUAUUCAAAAACUUGAAUCGGAACGCGGAAUUGUCGACGAUGAUAAUAUAUCAGAACGUAAACUUCAAAGGAAAAAGAAACAUAAUUCCGAACUUGUAAUGUCACCAGCUGCUUUGUCUCCUGGUAGUUCCCAAGGUGGAGCCAGCUCAAUCGCGUGCGCUCAAAAACGUUCUUCGGCAUCAGCCCAACAUCAAAGACAUUUACAAAAUGCUUUUGACUUAUUCGAAAAAGCGUUCUCUACAGAACACUUAAUAAAUGAUGCCUCACCUCCGCCUUCACAUUCAAUGGCCAUGGUAGUUUCAUCGGCACUUUUUAUAAACCAAAAGAUGCGUUCAGUUUUAUCACAGCAAAUGGAACUUGAUGUACAACAUCCUGACAAAGGAUUGAAAUCAUUAUUAAAAACAAGUGAUGAACAAGUUCGAAGUUUGACUGAAUGUUUAUUAGCACUUGCUCCUCUUGCCCCAAAGAGAGUAAUGACAAAGAAAAUGUCUGGACAUGUUCAUUACCCUAGCGAUUCAUCCUUACAAAUGCCUACUCCUUCACAUUCUGCACGAUCCAUUUCUCCCAUACAUAGAGUAUCAUCUGCUCCAGUUCCUGGUCCUGAAUUAAAUCAUGAAUCACAGAUUGGUGAACAUGUUGAUCAAUCCUCCUCACAGAGAGUUUCACCAAUUCCUCCAUCGGAACAAUCUUCUCCUCCAAAUUCUUACUAUAAUGCUCAACCACGAAUCACAUCACGAUAUAACCGUGUAUCAGGACCUCCCUCACCAACUUUACUUCCAGAAAGUUAUAAUGAUCCACAAAUGUCAGCUUCACGUUUAUCAGAUUAUGGGUUACGCAAAUCUCGACGUUCUUCUGGAACAGCAUAUAGUUCCCUACAAGGAUAUAACAACAUUUCACCUCAACCAGUUACUUCAGCAUAUCAGAGAACCGCUUCACGUCCAUCAUCAUUUACCCGAACCGACGAAUCAUCUUAUCCUCUUAAUCAUCCCGUUCGCACAUCAUCUCAUCAUCGUUCUUCAUCGGGAAGGUCACGCAUUUUUAGUGAAGAAUAUGUAAAUAGUACAGUAACAACAACAAGACCACCUUCAUCACGAUUAUAUGAAUUUAAUCGUAGGUAUCCUUCUGAUGGUCAAUCUCCCAUAGAUCGACGUUUAUUUCCUGGAUUGGAGACCGAUCGAAAAUAUUCAAGACGUCCCGUAAAUCAAUUCGAACCGGAAGAUGGUUAUGAUGCACCAAAUGAAUAUGGAGAAACCAUCUCGGAUAAUCUAAGAGACGAUAAAGGAUUAAGAAAGAUCCCCUCAAGCAGUAGCGGUACUUUUAGACAAAAGCAGGUACCUUCUCCAACACCAGAAGGAAUUGAAGGAAAUCAAGGUGAAAGUAAUCAGCGAGAUAAUGAAAUAAAUCAUAAUUGUAGACAAGACGUUCAAGGUUCAAGCGUUGUAAUUGGUCAAGAGAAUGAUGAAUACGCAUGA